ACCUUAUUUGUUAAUCAGAAGAAAAAAAAAAACCCUAAACACAUAGCAAAAUAAAUAACUAGAAAAUAGAGCAAAAAUAAAAAAUAAAAAUCGAAGAAACAUCUCUGAUUCUUUUCUCUACAAUUGUUUCUCUUAAUACCCUUUUAGUCUCAAAGACCCAAUUUUUAAUCGCCUUGUGUUUCAUCGUCUGAGAUUUGUUUUUCAGGUGACAUUAUAAAUCCGGGUUUUGGUUCGAUCUACUGGUAUUGGCUAGAAGCAUUUCCAGCAAAAUCUUGAAUGUUCUUCACCAAAAGAUUUUGAACUUUUCCCUGUUUGUGAGCUGAAGCUAAGUGUUAAAUAAUGAGCACAUUUUAUAUGAUAUCAUGGUGCAUGCUAUGUAACAUAAAGUUAUUCUUGCCUGCACCUACUGUCAGUGCGGUGGUUGUCUCUUUGGGGUCAAAAUGUUUACUGGCUGGGGCUUUUACUUGCUGACAUACGCUAUAUGCGGAAUUUAACCGGUCAAUCUUACAUGACCUGAGAAAGCUGAAAAAAAAUCACGGGUUUUAGCAUCUCUGGCAUAUUUCUGGGUGGAAGAUAUCGUCUCUUAUGCAACGUCAGAGGGGCACCAUUAAUUCGUUCCCUGAAACUGUUAACGUUGACAUGGGGUCUAGUCCUGAUAACACUAGUAUUGGUCAACCAAAUUCUUUGGGUAACAUGCUGAAUCCUGUGGAAACUCGGUUAUCUAAUUAUACGGUGUCUUCUGGUGGGGCAACGAAUGGAAACACAUUUACUCCUGAUGUUAGGAUCUUUAGUGGCUGGAAUUCUGGUGAACCGAGCUCUAGAUUGAGAACGCAAAACCAGGUGUUUCAGGAUGUUCUGAAUCACCAUCUCGAUGAUGAUGAUGGAACAAAAAUAGAGCAUGGUUGGCCUUCUUCUUAUGGUGCUGCUGGGGAUGCUCCAAGGUCGGAAGAAAGGCAGAUUGAACCACCAAAUGUGUUUUUUCCUGGGAGACUGAAUAAUGGUCGGAGUGGCAAUCAGAUCAGAAGUGGACCCUUAUAUUUGCAAGGUUCCAGCUCUACUCAUAGCCCACAGAAUAUGAAUCUAACUGAAGGAUUUACUAGCCACAGGGGCAAUGGAGGGUCAAGUGUUGGAACUGGUAUCGGUUCAGUUGGACUAGAAAGAGAGCAGGUAUCUAAUGCCAGUGUUUUUUCUGGAAAUGUUGGUAGUUCAUCCGGGAGUGGGGAGGAAAAUGAUGAUGGCUCUGGAUCUUCUCUGGGUAGUUGGGGUUUAUCCUGCAAGAGGAAGGCCGUUGAAGGUACUUCCGAGCAGUCUUAUUCUGCUAGUACUUCUGACAAUUCUCAACAAAUUGAAAAUGUUGCAUGGCAUACUGUUCCUGCUCGUAAUGAUGCUUCUAGCCGCUUGAGUUUAUCAACUCUCUCACGGAAUUUCCUUGAUGUUAGCCCCCCUGAUCAGCUGAAUUCUAGAGUUGGGCUCGGUAUGAGAAUAGUUAAUGAUGCAUUUCCUUCUUCAGGUACAAGAAGUGCAAAUCAAGAAAGCCAACAAGAAUUUUUACCAUAUAGUUUAUCGUCAACCGGGGUCGCUGGGUCGUCUAGUUUUGGUUCUCCAACUCACCCUAGAGCUGCCGCAUUUGGUGACUCUCUAAACUUAAGAUCAGCAGCAGCAAUAGCAGGAAAUUCUAGUUCCCCCUCAACUCAAUCUCAUAUGAGAACCAUUUCUGUUGUGCCAAGAAAUGCGCACCCUUUCCCUUGGACUAGCAUUUCCAGUUCAAGAACUAGCCACCCAUCAGGUUCCAUUAAUCCUUUAGAGAGAGCUGCUGCAUCACGGGAGGAACCAAACAUAAGAAAUAUCCCGAGAAACAAUGCAGAGCAUCCAAUGUUUGUACCAGCAACGCAAGAUCCGACAGGAUGGAGUUUGGCAUCUGAAAAUAUCAGCACAUCUGGAGGCGUUCCGUCUUCUAAUCGACCUGCGCCUAGUUCAACCAUCCAGUUGCCGUCUCCUUCCUGGAUUCCUCCUUGCAACCCGCCAAUACAAUACCAACAAAGAGUAUCAGAAGUUGCACCUUGGUCUUUAUUUCCUCCAUUUGAUUCUGAACCUGGUAGCAGUAGUAGUCGUUUCCCGUCAUUAUCUUCAGCCCCUUCUUCUUCUUCACGGGAAACAGCACUGUCAUCUCGAUCUAACAGUCAAGGUAAUAAUCAAACAUACCGAAGGUCAGCUUUCAUAGCAGAGAGACAAGGUGAUGAUGCUCUUGGGAGGCCCCACUCAUUGCGAGCUUUGGCUGCUGAUAUCGAAGGGAGACACCGGCUAAUUUCUGAGAUUCGUGAAGUCUUGAAUGCUAUGCGUAGGGGGGAGAACUUACGAAUCGAGGACCAUAUGCUGUUCGAUCCGUUCAUAUAUCAUGGUAUGGUUGAAACACAUGACAGACAUAGAGAUAUGCGCCUUGAUGUUGAUAACAUGUCAUACGAGGAAUUGUUGGCAUUAGAAGAACGGAUUGGAGACGUGAGCACGGGACUGAAUGAGGAAACCAUUCUGGAGUUGAUGAAACAGCGGAAGUAUUCAUCUACUACAACUGAAUCCACACAAGAACCGGAACCAUGUUGUAUCUGUCAGGAAGAAUACGAGGAUGGGGACAAUACCGGGAUCCUCAAUUGUGGGCAUGACUUCCAUACUAACUGCAUCAAACAGUGGUUAAUGCUAAAAAACCUGUGUCCUAUUUGUAAGACAACUGGGUUGCUUAAAUGAAGAUCAAAGGCUAUUGUGAGAGCCAGAACUUCAAUUUUCUUCUCAUAAAGAGGAUGGAUUAUAUCCGAUAUAAGCCUGCUCUUCUUGAUCGUAAACUGUAACUUUCGAGGUGAUGAAGCAGCCAUCAGUUUUAUGAAUUGCAGAAUUGUGUUUGUAGAAUCACUUUGCAUAAAACAUAACGACAAUGAUAUAUACAUGCAUGAAAUAAUAUUUAUGACGUUAUGUUUCCCAUUGCAUACUUUUGAAUGGAUAAACUUUGAUAAUUACUUAA